GAGCCCUGAGAGUUUUAUGGUGGUCUCAGCACAAUGGCGAGCGAAGGACGAGGCUGUGGUUUCACCCUUGCUUGAGAAACAGACAUACAUGCACACAAGAGAGCAUUUGUGCCCUGCACUUUACCGCAGUCCUGCUCAGGCGUGACGGUGAGGCCACGCCUUUCAUCUCAAAGGCGUACGUGACAGCGGCACGUGCCCGUCCGAUGCACUUUACGGCAGUCACGCAAAGGCGUGGGGGCGUGGCUACACCUCCCGCGCCCACAGGCACGCACGCACGACAGCCGCACGUGCUGUGUAGAGCGCUUUAUGGCAGCCACGCGAAGGCGCGAGGUCACGGGCCCACGCUGCGCGGGGUACGCUCUGCGUCCUACGUCAUCGUGGGCUGGCUGUUAUUUCGCUCUCACGGCUUGGCGAUCAUGGCGACGGUGGCGGCACUGUGGCGGAGGGCGAGGGACUAUGUGAAGAACAAGGAGUUCCGGGACUACCUGACCAGCACGCACUUCUGGGGUCCCGUGGCCAACUGCGGCCUACCGGUGUCUGCCUUUAAGGAUAUGAACGCCUCGCCUGACAUCAUCAGUGGCCGAAUGACAACAGCGCUCAUCUUCUACUCGCUAGCCUUCAUGCGUUUCGCCUACCGUAUACAGCCUCGAAACUUGCUGUUGUUGGCGUGCCACAGCACCAACGUGGUGGCGCAGAGUGUGCAGCUGAGUCGCUACCUGAAUUACCAGUACGGCGGAGACGCCGCGGCGGCUACCGCUGCCGGCCCUGCUGCCGCCGCCGCCGCCACCGGUCCCACCAGCGAUCCUGUGGCUGUUAACGACCUUGAGGAUGACGACUCCUGCUAGGCAGCCGCCAGCCCCAACCCGUGGUCCCUGAAACGUGGCUGAGACGGCCCGAUCGAAUCUGCAGCUUGCAAGCACUGAACUGUUCUCUUUGAAGAAGAGACCAGUGAAGUUUGGUUUUGACUCUAAUAAAACAGUGCAAGUCUGAUUAAAACCUGCAGUUUGGUUAAUAAAAAAUAGAAAAUAGCACAGAACUGAAGGUGUUGAGUGUUGUUUAUUUCGUGAUCUGGAAAUAAAAUGUUCUUUAGGUGAGGGUAGUUUGGCUGGUCUUCCUCUUCACGGGCCCCGCGCCUUGAGGGUUAGUUUUUUACGGGGGAGAAAGCCUGAAAGUGUUCCUGAGAUCGUGUUUUGUUCCUUGUUUCCGGUCUCCAGGCCGAAUAAUGCCGCUUAGUGGCAUACAUGAUUUUUAAAAACUGGUACAGGCAUUAAUCUCUUUAGAGCAAAAACAAGUCGGGGAUUAUUGUUACUGAGGGAAAUACUUCGAAGUGGGUUUAAAUGAAUUCGGUGAAAUCCAGUUUAGGUUUUCUACAAGUACUUAUUAAGAGAACCUAGAAUCUCUUGGUGAUUGGACAGCAGUUAUAGAAUCUACCAUGGAAACAGGAUAAAUAACUCUGACGUUAGUUGCUGUCAACCCUGGAUUCUAG